AUGCGUGCCUUCGCUGCUACUGCGCUUGCUAUUGCCGGCGCCAACAUCGUCAAUGCUCAAGACAAGGUCAGCUUUGGCCCAGCCUUCUCUCUUGGCCCGACCAAGAGCUGGAUCCGAGAGGCCAUCACCACUAUUGUUCUGCCCCCUGCUCCUAGCCCCCAGAUGGACCGUCUAGCGUUGUGGCCCGGUAUGGGUACAAGCGGCGGCGACCUGAUUCAGGCUCUUGCAGUCUCUUUCAGCGAUCCUAGCGCGAACUGUGGCGCCAAGGCCGGUCAGUGGUGCACCUGGGCCAGUACCCUCAAAGGCGAGCAGCUUGGAGGAAAGCAAGUUCCUGCUUCAGCGGGCGAUAAGGUUACUAUGCAUUACAAGUACAAUGACAGUACCGGCAAUUAUGACCAGACCGUAUCCCUUAAUGGCCAGGUCAUCUCGACCCUGUCAACUAAUGAUGGACAUGCUCAGGGUUGGGGUACCGCAGUCGAGUGCCAAGAUGACGCCUGCAAAGGCACCGUUAUUGGUCACAAGUACACUGAUACCACAAUUAUUCUCGAUGCUGCCGACAAUUCUUUCAUCGAAACUCUCGGUCUCAACGAAGUGGACUCCACAGGUCUCACCACCGCUGAUAACGGCAAAACCUGGACGGUCAAGACCAUCAACAUCCAUACCCAUACUUUCAACUAA